AUGCUGGGAACUCUUGCCACUGAGAUGUCAGAUUCAUGGUUUGAAGCUUUAAACUUGAUAGCAUGCAUGGCUAUGUGGCUCUCUAAACACGCGGCAUGGGUUGCCGGCAAAGAUGACGUGAAAGAGUACGAAGCCAAAGAAUGUUUAACUUGCCUCCGUCGAGCAGCAGGAAUGUUUUCUUAUGUCGGCACGCACAUCGGUCGUUUGUCUGGCACAGGAGACUUUGAAGGUGCCGAUUUCGAUCCAAAAGUAGGAAGGGCUUAUGAACAGCAGGUGCGCACAUAA